AUGCCGGCCCAAAACCUUUCUUACGGUCCCCCGGAUAUCGUGCCCGCGACAACAGGCGGCGCUGUGAUAGAUCAGCCGCCCGGGCAGAUAGCAGCCACGGUCAAGAGACUGCAGUUUUCUGUUGCCCGACGAGGGACCGAAUUGAAAUCGGAAUUACUUCCACGCCUCGAUAGUCUGCCAGCACGUCGAGAGCCUGUUUUCCGAGCUUCUGCACCAAACACGUCAAACCAGUUCUACGGAAAGAUGACCCGAAUGGUCACGAACGUGGAGGCUGCCUUGAUGCAAGUAGUUGGGGCCCCACCAGAGAGAGAAUGCCUCCAUUGUCGACGCUCCAACGGCAUUUUCCAUCAACGCAUCCGUGUCCCGGGGAACGGGAAAUCGACACGAUGCGAUCUCUCUAGGGAGACACCACCCCCUUCGGCAUUCGCUCAUACCGACGAUGCUUUGCUCCUAGCCCUUACUAACGAGAACCCACCCCCGCAUCUCGAUGACGACGAUUCUGUGACCGUCGAUCCCCCGACCUCCCAGGCCCCAAACACCGAUCCUUCGACCUCCCAGACCCCUGCCCCAUCAACCCAGGAGCAGCUGAUGGCUCUAUAG